AUGAUUAAUGAAAAUGGACAUAAUCAUGUAAAUCAACAAACUGUUGAAUUAUUGUCGUUGACAGUUGUUCCUAAUGCAAAAUUUGAUUAUCGAAAAAUUAAUAGUAGUCUUCCGUAUAAUGAAGAAGAAUACAUUAAAGAAUUAGAACGUACAUAUUGGCGUAAUUUACCUUACGAUUCACCUUUUUACGGUGCUGAUUUGUCUGGCUCUUUAUUUUCUGAUUGUACUAAAUAUUGGAACUUGAACAAUCUGGAUAAUUUAUUAAAUGAAUUAAAGUCAAUCCCUGGAGUGAAUAAAACUUACCUAUAUUUUGGAAUGUGGAAGGCAAGCUUCGCAUGGCACAUUGAGGACAAAGACCUUUACUCUAUCAAUUAUAUCCACUUUGGUGCACCGAAACAAUGGUAUUCCAUCUCACCCUUAAGAGCUUCUAAUUUUGAAUUACAUAUGAAAGGAUGGUUUCCCCACGCACAAAAAGAAUGUUCACAGUUUUUACGUCAUAAAGAAUACAUAGCUUCGCCAAUUAAUUUAACAAAAAUAAAUAACUACCGCUAUAAUCCUUAUUACGAUCUUGGAUGGUGCCAAAUUGGGAACUUGGUUUACAAUAAAUAUUGCCUCAGACUAUUGAAGGUUGUUGCUGGUGAAUUGGCUACGUUCUCUGAAAGGAUACAUUACAUUUUUGGAUAUCAAGUACAAUAUAAUUCCAUCCUAUCUAUGAUGAGAGGAUAUUCAUGUGUGAAAUUUCAUCCUGAUGGUCUUAUAUUAGGAACAGGCACAAAUGAUUCAGUCGUUAGAAUUUGGGAUAUAAAAGCACAACAAAAUGUUGCAACAAUGGAAGGACACACAGGAAAAGUUAAAUCGUUGUCAUUUUCAGAAAAUGGAUAUUACUUAGCAACAAGUUCAGAAGAUAAUUUGAUUAAAAUAUGGGAUUUAAGAAAACAAACAAAUGUCCACACUUUAACAUUAGAAAAUACCAAGAAGAUUAAUAAAGUUGUUUGGGAUUACAGUGGUCAAUAUAUAGCUGUUUGUGGCUCUGAUAUAAGAAUAUUUCAAUCUAAAACAUGGAAUGAAUUGAUUCAUAUUACUGAAAAUAUUGGUGAAAUUACAGAUAUGAAAUUUGGUAGUUUGGCCAAAUUUUUGAUUACAUCUGGGUUAGAUCGUUCCUUGAGAAUAUUUGGUACUACAGAAGCAGAAACAAUAACAGAGCCUGAAGUACAAGAAUAA